CUCUCUCAACUGCUGCCGCUUGACAAUCAGAGCAGCUGUGUGGAGCCUGGAGGGUGCACUGAGGCCUUGUUCCCUUAGGGGAAGGACGAAGGAAGACAGUGAGGAAACAGCACCAAGCCAUUCCACAUACAGGACAUGUCCCAGCAGCGGGGAAGCGGAGAGGGCAGUCGGACCCCCAGCAGCGAUGGCUGGGGGUCAGAAUUGGGCUGGGCGUCCCUGGCCCACAGUCACAGACAGCCAUUCAGAGCAUCCAGUCCCCUCUCUCUGACUCACCUGGACAUGUGGGACAAGAAGGCCCCCCUCAGAGCUCAGUCCUCAGUAUGGAGCAGCAAGGAAGGCAUGCCUGGGGGCGGACUCUACUACACACACAAGGCCAGUUCCCCUGGCAGUGACACAGAGGUGAGUCUCCGGACGUCUCAAGGUGCGAGACGAUGGCAGUCCCUGUCCCGCCUGGCCCCCGAGGGUGCCCCACGGUCCCUGUCCCCCUCCCCGGGGGCGGAGCUUCGGGCAGCUCUGAUGGAAAGUGGGGCGAGGAGGGCGGAGCUGAUCCAGAGGCUCCGGGAGGCCCAGGAGAGGCUGGACAGCCAGACGGACCUGCUGAAGGCCAGAGACACGCAGCUGCACCACAGCCAGACCAGCACACAGCUGCUGGAGCUGAGGCAGAAGCAGCUGGCGGAUGCCGUGAGCUCUCUCGAACAGGAGAAGGAGACGGCCGAGCUGUGCCGAUUUGAGGAGAGUCGACGCCGGGGUGAACUUCAGGACAAGGUCCUGCAGUUGGAGCUGGACAUGCUGAAGAUGCGAUCUACCCUGGAGAGGAAGGCCUGUGCCCAGCAUACUCCUCCGCUGACCCUCACCCCACUCGGUAGCGCCACCUACAGUUCACCACUCAGUAAAACACUGCCCAGCACUCAGGAAGACUUCUCCAAGCAGAGGAGGCGCCAGAUGGAGAGAGAGCUGAGGGAGGCCAGAGAGGCCCUGAGAGAUGCACAGGAGAGUCUCCAGUCUCUGGAUGAGGAGAAAGACCAGGCUCUCCAGGAACUCCACUCAGCCAAAGAGAGCCAGCUGGCGGUGCAGACCCAGGUGGAGGAGGCCAAACAAAGGCUCAACAGCGCCAUGCGAACCCAGAGCGAGCUGCAGGACCAGCUGAGUGAAGCCCGCAGCCACCUGGGGCAGACAGGCCUGGAGAGAGAUCUGCUGUCCUCCAAAGUGCUGAGGAUCGAAGACUGCCUGGAGGACGUGAAGCUCAAGCUGUCCACAGCAAUGGCUGAUAAAGACCGCCUCAUGCAGGAGAAGGUGGAGCUGCACCAGCGUGUUCAGAGCCUGGAGCUGCAGUUGGAGAGGGCCCAGCGUGGCCGAGAGGGCUACACGGACCAGGUGUGUGAGCUGCACGGGGAGCUGGUGGACACCAAGUCCCAUGUCAACCGGCUGGAACAGGAGAAAGUCCAGAUGAAGGAAGAGCUGGUCACUCUGAAAGAGUUGCAUAAGACAGGGUCAACAGAGUUGGGGGAGGCAAGACAGAGGCUUGAGGCAGUGCUGGGGCAAUUACACGAGCUGGAGGCUGAGAAGGUGAUUCACACCAAUCAGAUUGUGGCGCUGGAGACAGAACGCUCGCAGCUGAUUGGAGAGAAGGAGGAGCUGGUGAGCAGCCAGGAGGAAGUGACAGAGCUGAGAAAGAGCUGCCAUAAGCUCAGAGAAUCCCAGAAUUCCCUGCUGCUGGAGAACCAGGAGCUGCAGAGUAAGUGCCAGGCGCAGGAGGCAGGGAUUUUUGGGAAGGAGGCGGAGCUCCGGCAGAAGGAAGCGCAGCUCCAGCAGAGGGAGGAGGAUCAUGCGCAGACGGAGGCAGACAUGGCGCAGGAGGUGGAGGAGCAGCGGAGGGUGGGGUCACACUGGAAGGAGAGGUGGCAGGAGACAGCGGUGGCACUGCGGACCGCCCAAGACGAACUGGAGGAUGCCAGGAGGCAGCACUCUGCAGAAAUGUCCCAAUUGAGGCAGGAGGCAGCACAACUGGCCCAGGAGCUGGAGAAAGUUCAGAGGGAAGCCCAGAGCAGCCAAGAGCAGAUGCAGGCCAUGCUGCAGCAGAAAGCAGACAUGGAGGCAGAGCUCAAUAGAGUCAAGAAGGAGGGAGGUGCUCUGGUGAAAGUGGAGCUGGAUGCCUGCAGGCAGCAGCUGGACCUGGAGAAGAACAGGAGCCAGGCUUUACUGCGUCAGCUGAGCAGCAGCCCUGUGAGGGAGGGAAGACGAGGUAGCCUGCUUCAGGAGUCUCCCAGAGAGAAGGAGGUUUCAGACUGGACAGAUGGAGGAGUCAAGAACCCAGCAGCUGAAACUCAGGACAGAGGCACAGAGACAGAUUUUUUUCCAGCUCUAGAGCAUGUUCAGUCUCUUCAGAUGAGCUCAAGCCAACAGGACAUUGUCCAGGCCCUCAGUGCAACCUCUCUGCAGGAAGUGGAUGGGGAGCUGGGGCAGAUGAGGGCGGAGCUACAGAAAGUGUGGGACAUGUUGCGAGAGCGGGACACUGAGCUGGAGGAGCAUCAGCAGGAGCUGCAGUCUGCACGCGGGCAGGUAUCACAGCAAAGCAGCGAGGUACAGAGGCUAGAGCAGCAACUGACAGAGAAGGAAGAAGAGCUGGAAAAGAAGGAGCAAGCUCUGAGGCGUAUGGAGAGGCUGCGAGAAGCAGAGCGUACCGAAACACAAAUUACAGUCUCCUCACUGGAGAUGAAGCUGGCAGAGCUGACGGAUCUGGGAGUCACAGAGAAUGAGAGGAAAGGAAGUCCAGAGCGUACCAGAUCCUCUGGCCCGGCAAAUUCACAUCCAGACUCCCUGCAAGCGGAGCUGGAGGACAUGAGGAUGAGAAAUGCUCAGUUGCAGCAGGAGAGAGACAGGGUUGUGCAGACUCUGCAGCAGCUGCAACAGCGUAAAACAGAGAGAGUCCUUCCUGAGAGCAAGAAGGAGAUUCGUCCAGAAAACCUGGACCAUGACAAACAGAGGAGGCUGGUCACUGAGCAGCUGAAGAGCCUGUUCAAGGAGAGAGAGCAGCUCGGACGGGCUUAUGAAAAAUCAGCAGCGGCGCAAAGGGGGUCACAUUCAUUGCAGGACUGGACUGGAAAAUCAAAGAUCAUAAAGAAUGCUAUGGACACACUAGCCAAUCAGAAGAGGAGAGAGCAUGAGCUCCAGCAGGGCAGAAACAGUCUGCCUGGGGUAACAGAGAGGGUUGUGUCUGAUGGGCAGCAGGGGGUGCCAGAUAUUCCAGAGCUUCAAGGAAUGCAGGAGCAAGUGGCAAGGCUUACAGAGGAACUACACAGCAAGACUGAUAAGAUGUCAGCAAUGAGUGUGGAAAUCUGCAAUCUGAGAGAGAGAAAUGAGAAUCUCCUAACAGCCAAGCUGAGAUUCCAGCAACAAAUACAGGGGCUGAGAGGGACAGAACCAUCAGGAGAGAGGAAGGAGCGGGGAGUUCCCCAUCGUGUUGACAUGCCCAUGGAGGGAAAGAGGGAGCCGGAGCCUUUCUCCAACAUUGAAGAUGGGACAUACGUGGCCAAACAGGUGAAUGUCGGGGGCUCUGAGGAAGAAGAGGGUGAUGAGGAGGAAAAAGAGGUGAGGGUGGCAGUGGCUGGGGAAGCUGGAGGGAGCAGCCGGCAAGACCCCUGGCCAUCCUGGGAUAGCCUCCCUUCCCCUGCCUGCACCAACACCACAUCCACGCCCCUUUUCCGCGCGAUCUCCCCCGACACCCUCAACCUCCCGCCCCCCUCAGCGAACUGGUCCCCUGACCUCUCCCCCCGCUUCCCCCACAGCUGGGCAGGGUCCCAGGAAUGCCUGCCCUCCCCACGGCCCUACCGCCCACAGUCUGCCAGAGAGACACAAUAGAGCCUACUCUUCUCCCAGUUUAGACACGGAAUGGAGACUAGAGCCAUUAGAGCCAGUGAUGUUUAAAUCUGCAGCUCUGUGCCAACUGCUGUCAUCUCACAGGUGCCUUCUUGAAUUAAGUGGACUGCACUGCACUGCACGAGGAGCCUUAAUACUGCAGCACCAUGGUGCCAAACAGGGUGAUCUGCCCUGGGUCCCAGUGCACUAUCUGCAAUACCUCAAAGGCUGAUAAACUCAGGCCAUGCAGUUAUGUUUUUUGAUCUUUAAAAACCUAAAUCUCUGUGAAGCUAGCCUAUUUAAUUUGUACAGAUUUCACAAGGCUUUUUCAAUGUUUGUGUGUUUACAUAUUUAUUGUCUGUCCGUAUCACUAGCCUCCUAUACCAGAAUACUGGGAAGACAUGGUAUUACCACCAACUUGAAGAAUCAUCUCUCAUUGAAGGUUACAGUGUUUUAUCACUGUUGGUCUUAUUGGACCACGCGGACAUGACUAUUAAGAACAGGAGCCCCAGGGGAACUAAGUAACAGUGACUUCAUUUUCUAAUUCCCUUUGUAUUUUUAUAUAUCAGACAGAGAUGUGAACACUGGAACAAUACAUGUCAGUGAUUCAUGAACAACCCACAAAUUCACUUAAAACAUUUCUGAUAAAACCUCACUGCAAAAGACCUGUAUAAGAUGAAUAACACGCAUCUGCUGGUGAUGCUUUUGUUAUACAUGCAAUACCUCUCAUAUUUAAUGGAACACUGGUUGCACUUCCUAUGUUUUUUGUUCCAGUUACACACAUUGAACAAUACAAUUAUUUUAUUGCCUGCAAAAUAUGUAAAUGUUUGUGUGCGACUUCUGAUUGUGUAAUUUAACAAAUGAAAAAUUAGGAUUUACUUUUACUGUCCAUUUAAUUCAAUGAAACAUUGUAACACAAACUCUGACUUUAAAUUAACACUCCCAAAUUGAAUUGAUUAAUUAUUCUAUUGUGCUCCAAUCUUUGUAAUUUUGAGAAUAUUUUCACUUGAAAACUGUUUAAAACUGUUUCUGAAAAUAAAAUCUGGGUGUGCUCCAGUAAGUCAGUAUGUAGUUUUUGAGUGCCUUAAAUCAAUCAUCUUGUGUGUAUGUAUCAAAAAUAGGAGAUACAGAUU